UUCCCAUUCCCGGUUGCUACGCACUUUUGGCUCCGCUGUCCUUGUUCCCUCCACUACAUAUAUCCCCCGGUCCCCCUAUUCCUGAUGCUACUUAGCCGCUUCGAAUGACUAUUUUCAAUCUCACUGAAGCUUAGCCUACCUCAUCACCUCUGAUGAGUUGAGUCUUGACUGCUAGCAUUGCAGCGGGGGUAGAUAUGGAUCCGCAAGCUGAGUUGAUGAGUAACGGAGGAGGCGGCGGCGGCGGAAGGGACUUCCAGGCCGCUCCUAUUGCUCCGUAUAGCUUGACUGAGAUCUGGCCGUUCACAAUCAAUGCCGCCGGCCCGGCGGCGUAUGGGUUGGGGAUGCCCGCGAAUGUGAGUCUAGAGCACUGUGCGCCGUUGAGUGAUCCGCGGUUUUCGGACCAGACAGUGAAUCAGAACGGCAGCAGAGCUAGGAAGCGACGCGAGGAUGACGAAUCAGCUAAGGGAGUUUCCACCAGCGGCAAUGACUUGAAUGAAAGUGAUACUAAGCAACUAAAGACAGUAGGUUCAAAUGAUAACCCUGAGUCUGAAGUCAAUGGGGAAGGGACUCCUGGAAAGCCAUUAGAACAACCUGCAAAGCCCCCCGAAGUGCCCAAAGAUUACAUCCAUGUUCGUGCACGGAGGGGUCAAGCAACUGAUAGUCAUAGCUUGGCAGAAAGGGCCAGAAGAGAAAAGAUCAGUGGAAGAAUGAAAAUUCUUCAAGAUAUAGUCCCUGGUUGCAACAAGGUUAUUGGCAAAGCACUGGUCCUUGAUGAGAUUAUUAAUUAUAUCCAAUCAUUACAACGUCAGGUUGAGUUUUUGUCAAUGAAGCUUGAAGCAGUUAAUUCAACAAUUAGCCCCGGAAUCGAAGGAUUCCCAUCAAAAGAUUUUCCUACACACACCUUCGAUGCAUCUACAAUAGUGUUUGGUUCACAAGCUACUCGAGACUAUCAUCGGGGAGCUUCACCAGAUUGGCUGCACAUGCAAACUGGUGGUGGAUCUGAAAGAACCGCAUGAGUGAAUAGACAAAUGAGGAUCCAGUGCUGCUUUCGCUCUUUGUCCUUUUCCAUUCGGCAAUACUACAUAUGUCUAUUAGUUCACAGACGAGAAAGAGUACUUCUGAUGUUUUUCGCAUACCCUUAGCAUGCUUCUUCAUGCUUUGUAACUUGCUGCACAAAAAGACCAUUAAAUGAAAUUUCUUCGGGUGAAAGUGGUUUCGUGUCCAUCUUGGGAUUUUGCAACACAGAAAAUGUCGUUGAUUUGAGUAUUGAACAUUAUUGUCUGCAAUGCAAUGCUCCUCCUGUGAGGUUUGAAAUGGAUGGAAUGAUAGAAUCUAUUGAACUGAGUUUAGACUGAAUUGGAUCUCUUAAAUUAUAAAUAAAAAUUGUUUCUAAAUUUAUAUACUACCUCCGUUCUUAAAUAAGUGUAACAUGUGACUACAUUUUAUUUAUUGAUGACUUGAUGUAUUAAUAUUUUUUUUUGAAAAAUAUAUUAUUAAAUUUGUCUCA